AUGGGUACAGUGAUCAUUGAAGAUGUGGCCGUGGUCUUCACCCACAAAGAGUGGAAUGUGCUGGAUCCUGCUCAGAGAAAACUUGGGGAGAGAUGUGGGAAAACUUUUAGUGAUUCAUCAGGCCUAACUGCUCAUAGAAAAAUCCACAGUAGAGAGAGCCCCUAUGAAGGUAAGGACUGUGGGAAAGCCUUUAGGGACUCCUCACAGCACAAUUGUUGUUGUUAUGUUCACAGUAGGCACAUGCAAACUCACAGUGGAGACAGUCUCCAUAAAUGUAAUCAAUGUAGGAAAGCCUUUAGCCUAGCCUCAAAGCUCAGAAGACACAAAAAAAUUCACAGUGGAGUGAGGCCCUAUGAGUGUAAGGAGUGUGGGAAAGCCUUUAGGGAUUCCUCAGCCCUGACUGCACAUAGAAGAAUCCACAGUGGAGAGAAGCGCUAUGAAUGUAAGCAAUACAUAGAAGAAUUCACAGUGAAGAAAAGCCUUAUGAAUGUAAGUAAUGUGGGAAAGCCUUCAGAGUCCUCUCCCCUCAAUAGACAUAUGCGAACUCACAGUGGAGAGAGGCCCUGUGAAUGUAGGAGUGUGGGAAAGCCUUUAGGCAGGCCUCACACCUCACUGCAUAUGUACGAACUCACAGAGAAAGAGGCCUUUUAA